AAGUCUCGCGAGACGGGAGCGCGGUCGCCGCGCUUCUCAGAGCUUUGACGAAUUCCCUGCUGACAAGCCAGCCUCCCACCUCCUGUCAUUCCCUCUGCUUACAAAACUUCCCAUGCUUUACAGAAGUGCUGAUAGCAUCAGAUUGUUACCUCUCGUGCCAUGCUAGCCAGCACCAACUCACUGUGGUAUAUGCUGUGUGUGACUCUAGUUACGCACUGUUCUGUGUGUGAUUCUGUUUACGCUCAUCUUUUUGCAAGACAAAGCAGAUCUCUGUCAUCUGGCUCGGAGAAUGGUGCCCCAUCUGAACGCGCCGCAGAAUCUUCAGGGCUUGUCUCCUGCGGGCCAGCUCUCCCUAGUGCACUGGCCACACCAGUGUGAGGUCAUCAGGGACAGAAUUGAGCACAUUGAUUGGACACCUCCUAGGCCUGAGCCGUUGUACACUCCAACUGGUUUGGAAAUGAAGCCAUCGUACCAGUCUGCUGGCGAGGGCACUGUGAUCUAUCUGACAGAAGAAGCUAACAAAGAUUCGGGUUUUGUGUAUUCUCGAGUGAGAGGUCUCUCCCCUUCAAAGCAGAUCCUCCAUGAGAACGGGGACAACACGUUGAUCUUUGAAGCACGAUUUGAGAGCGGGAAUUUGCAGAAGGUGGUCAAAGUGAAUGAGUUUGAGUACCAGCUGACGCUGCGCACCGACCUCUACACGAGCAAGUACACGCAGUGGUACUACUUCCAAGUGAGCAACACGCAGGCGGGGAUGCCCUAUCGCUUCACCAUUGUCAACUUCAGCAAGCCCAACAGCCUCUACAAACGGGGCAUGCGCCCUCUCCUCUACUCGGAAGCAGACGCCAAGAAACACAACGUUGGCUGGCGGAGGACGGGAAACGAAAUCAAGUAUUACAGGAACAGCGCGGGCCGAGGUGGGCGGCAGUAUUUCUCACUCACUUGGACGUUCCAGUUCCCUCACAACAGAGACACCUGCUAUUUUGCCCACUGCUAUCCUUACACCUACUCCAACCUUCAGGACUACCUGGUAUCCAUCUCUAAAGAUCCGGUGAAGUCCAAAUUCUGCAAGAUCCACGUCUUGUGCCAUUCGCUGGCAAGAAACAUAGUGUAUGUUCUAACAAUCACCAACCCCCAUGAAGGUGACAAGGACACAAAGAGGAAGGCUGUGAUAUUAACUGCAAGGGUUCAUCCAGGGGAAACAAACAGUUCCUGGAUCAUGAAAGGCUUUCUGGAUUAUAUUCUUGGSAAUUCAGGCAACGCCCAAGUGCUCAGGGACAAUUUUGUCUUCAAAGUGAUACCAAUGCUGAAUCCAGAUGGUGUGAUCGUGGGAAAUCACCGCUGCUCUUUAGCAGGUCAGGACUUGAACCGCAAAUACAAAUCAAACCUGAAGGAAUUUUACCCUUCCAUCUGGUAUACCCGAAACAUGAUCAAAAGAGUGAUGGAGGAACGUGACAUUAUUCUGUAUUGUGAUCUCCAUGGUCACAACAGGAAAAAGAAUGUCUUUGUAUAUGGUUGUGAAAGAAAGCAACAAGCAAAAGCACCAACUUUGCAUCCACGGGUCUUUCCACUCUUGUUGAGCAAGAUCUGCCCAGAUAAGUUCUCAUUCCCAGACUGCCGUUUCAAAGUACAAAAGAGUAAAGAAGGCACAGGGCGAGUUGUGAUGUGGAAGAUGGGGAUCAGCAACAGCUACACUUUGGAAGCCUCCAUCUGUGGCUCUAAGUUGGGCCAGAGACAAAGCACCCACUUCAACACAAAAGACUUAGAGUCAGUAGGACACCAUUUCUGUGAUGCUCUCUUGGACUACUGUGUUCCUAAUAUGAAGUAUUACCUGUGCCUGAAGGAACACGAGGAAAUGGUGAAACAGCAAGCUAAGCUGAACUCUGAGGGCCUGAAUUCUGAUGUGUUAGACAGGGAUUCCAGCAGCCAAACUUCUGACAGCUCCGAUUCCUGUGAUCUUGUUGCACCCCAGCUAAAACUAGGUACUAAGAACAAACCCAAAACAUCAGGAGAACAUUUUCACAGGAUUGCCAAGGAGAGAAGUUAUGAAGGCAAAAAUGCUCAAGGCAUUGAAACGUUUCAGGAACUUGAUCCAGUAGGCAGAGACUUUAUCUGGAAUACUGUCUCCCAGUCUACAGAAAACUUUAUAUCCCCAAAUCCUUUUCUUUCUCCUACCACAUUUCAAAAAACAUGCCAUGCAAGUGGUAGAGGAGGAGUUAGGACAGUCUCUGCAUGUCGUCCUCUGAAAACAGAGAGCAGGUCAAGGGAGAAGGAAGAAAAGAUCCAGCACAGAGUAAAAUUGCCAAUUACAACCUCUGUGAAGCAAGCAGGAGGGUGCCUAAGCUCUAAGAGACUUCCCUAUGGUGCUGAAAGUAUUCAUGAAAAGCCAUCUAUGUCCCAGGAGCCAAAAAAAAGUGCUGUAGUCCUGGCUACAAGAGAGAAUUUUCAUUCAUCCAGCUUUAAUCUCAUCUCCCAGAAGAUGAAGAAAUUGGAAAGCAAAAGUGUCUGCAACUCUUCAGAGAAGACAUUUCAAUAUGCAAAAGGUCAUGAUUCUAAUGCAAAAAGCAGUUCAAGUAAGGAAGAAAGGAAGAUGAAGGAGAGGCUCUCCUCAAAAGCCACAAGGCCCAGCAAAAACAAGACAGCAACAGCAAACCAAGAUGUAAAUUUUAAGAAGAAUAAUUCCGAUCAGAUUCAAAAUGCAUUGCAGUUCUUUCCACCCUUAUUGCCUGAAGCAAAGGGCAAACAAUCUGCUACAAAAUAYCAGGAUGUAUUUUGGAACUUCAGUUCUUCAAACAAUGAAGGCAUCUGAAAAAGUGUCAUAUAUGUGUGACUUGCCUGAACAAUUCUUAAAACUCUGAUUACAGAUUAUGUCUUUGCCAGUGAGGGUAUAGAUAACCAGAGAAGCCAAAGAUUUUCUUGCUUUUCCUUUCUGAGAAAAAAAAAUUACAGUUCACACACAGUUGGGUAAUGAGCACAUAAG